AUGAAAUCAUUUUUUAUAAUCCUUUUAUCCAUUUUCUUAACUUAUCUAAUCUCAGUUCCAUCUCCAGUAAUUGCAUGGGGUGAAGAAGGCCACGAAACAGUAGGUCAAAUUGCACAAAAUUUUCUUCAACCUGAUAUAGCAAGAAAAGUAGCAAACUUGUUUCAAGAUAAAUCAUUUGGUGGUAAAUUACCUCUUGCCACUUUAUGGGCCGAUGAUGUUAAAAAAAAAAAAGGAAGCCCUUUUGCUUUUUGGUCUGCCCCCUUGCAUUUUAUAGAUACUCUAGAUGAUCCUGGUAAAAGUUGUUCCGUAAAUAUGGAAAGGGAUUGCCCUGACGCUAGAUGCAUUGUUGGUGCUAUUGCCAAUUAUACCACACAAUUGGACUGUACAAAUGGAUAUGAUAAAUUUACGAGAGACUUUGCUCUUCGUUUCUUGGCCCAUUUCAUUGGUGAUAUCACUCAACCUUUACACGUUAGUGGACGCGAGAAAGGUGGAAAUGGAGAAACCGUAACUUUUGAUGGACGACGAGGAAAUUUGCAUUCUAUCUGGGAUACGCAAAUGGUAGAAAAACGACUUCGAGACUUUGGAUCUGACAUUGUUCAAUAUUCAAAUUUCCUUACAAAAGAAAUUCAAAGUGGCAAAUAUGCAUCUGAAAAAGAUAGUUGGGUGUCAUGUAUAAGUAGUCCUAAAGCUGCCACACUAUGUCCUUUAACUUGGGCUAUUGACACUAAUGCAAUUAAUUGUCCUUUUGUCUGGUCUGUUGACAAAGAACCUGGUGUAGAUUUAGGAGGAGAUUAUUAUCAAGCUGCUGUACCUAUUAUUGACAAACAAAUUGCUAAAGGUGGUUAUAGAUUAGGUGUCCUUUUGAAUUCAAUUUUAAGUAAAAAUUGUUAA